GCUCUGUAAGGAUCAGAUCCGUCUCUAAUUGAACAUCGGGUCGCGUUUGAUGCGUCGAUUUCUUGCUUUGGGAUUGUGGGUGGGUUUGAUUUUCUUGUGAGUGAGUCAGUCCCAUCCCUUUGGUGGGACUUGGUCCGUGUUUGAGUGGUUCGAGAGCUGAAUUGUUUGCCCCAAAUAAUUGGAGAUGAUGAGGAUACAGGAAGCAAGACUGCAUCUUGGGUUGCUGAUUGACCUCGUGUGGUUUUAGUUUUAUUGUCCAGUCCUGGGAAGAGCUGGUUCCCGAAUGCAUAUGCGUGGUAGAAGUUGCAGCUUGGUUUUAAUUUUCAUACACCAUGAUACCUGAAGCACAUUCUUAUCUAAUUGAACAUUGGGUGGCAUUUGAUGUGUCAAGUUCUUUGCUUUGGGAUUGUGGGUGUUUGAUUUCUCGUGAGUGAGUCCCAUCCCUUUGGUGGGACUUUGUCCGUGUUUGAGGGGUUUACUUACUGUCAGUUCCUGAGCAAACUGACUAAUUAAUUGGAGAUGAUGAGGAUACAGGAAGCAAGACGGCAUCUUGGGUUGCUGAUUGACCUCGUGUGGUUUUAGUUUUAUUAUCCAGUCCUGGGAAGAGCUGGUUCCCGAAUGCCUAUGCGCGGUAGAAGUUGCAGCUUGGUUUUAGUUUUCAUACACCAUGAUACCUAAAGCACAUUCUUAUAUUGCAACUGUGCAAGCUCCUUCCGGCUGAGUCGUUCAACCAUUCAUCUUUUACAUGGCGGAUGAGGAACCUGUUGAUCCGAAGAAGUAUCUUGAAGAGUUGUGCAAGCCAAAGUGCGUGAAACCUUUGCUUGAAUAUAAGACCUCUCAGGAAAAUGAGGUGGCUUUUGUUUUUCUAUGGGUUCAGGCAUGUGUCAAGAGAAUCGAGGGCGACGAAAGUGGGCACAAGCACUGCACGGGACAAUACUUUGAUUAUUGGCACUGCAUUGACAAAUGCGUGGCUACGAAAUUGUUUGAAAAGCUAAAGUAACGAAGAGAGGCAAUUUAUCAGUUGAACUUCUUUUGUGAUUUGUUCAAGCGGGAUGAAUGCAUCCCGUCCUCCGAUUUUGUACCAGGAACUGGAAAAGACGCUUGAUAUGCGCUGUUGUUUCAGAAACAGUAGCGAUAACGAGUGGUUCAGAUUAUGAAUAAAGAUGAAAACGUUGUGGGGUUUUUGCUUA